AUGGUUGCUCAUAAUGGUGAAAUAAAUACCCUCCGUGGUAACAUCAAUCUGAUGCGAGCACGUGAAGGAGUGAUGUCCAGUACGCUGUAUGAAGAUGAUCUCGUGAAACUCUAUCCAGUUGUUGAAGAGGGCUUAACGGACUCGGGAUGUUUUGACAACGUAUGUGAGUUUCUUGUUAGAGCCGGACAACGAUCACUACCCGAAGCGGCAAUGACGAUGGUCCCUGAGGCAUGGGAAAAAGACGAGGAAAUGGACCAUGACAAGAGAGCGUUCUAUCGAUGGGCUGCUAUGGCUAUGGAGCCAUGGGAUGGACCUGGUAAGUUAUCGAUGUACGUUAGGGUACUUAAGUGGGGAAAACUGAGGCAGUCCCUUUUGGCAUUUUCUGAUGGUCGUUACGUGGGUGCUAUACUCGAUCGAAACGGUCUUCGCCCAGCUCGUUACUAUCUUACGGCAGACGACCAUCUGUAUUUGUCAUCAGAAGUCGGUGUGAACGAUCACGAUGAGACGGCAAUCGUGAAGAAGGUGCGUUAUCAAGAAGUAUCAAUGACUAUUUUAUUACCACGUAUCACCGAGAUGACAACGAGAACAAAAAAAGCGUGA